AUGCAGACCGUACGCUCCUAUUUGUUUGGUCCGACACCUCAAGAGCAAAACCGAAAAUGGCAGGCAACUCUUCGAAAAGAGCAAAGAAAUAUUGAUCGCCAAGUGGUGUACUUACAAAAUGGUAAAAAGAAAGCCGAGACCCAAAUGAAAGCCCUUGCAAAGCAACGGGACAUUUCAAAUAUGCGGGUGUUGGCUAAAGAACUGGCUCGAACAAAUCGACAUCGCAAGAAGUUAGCUGAGUCGAAAGCUAUGCUCGGAAGUCUCAGUAUGCAACUCAAUGAGCAAAUGGCUAUGUACAAGAUCGAAAAGGCUAUGAAAUCAAGUACUUCUGUCAUGCAAAGUGUUUCAAGCUUGGUUCGUCUUCCAGAGCUUUCUCAAACUAUGCGUAGCUUAUCGAUGGAACUGACAAAAGCUGGGAUUAUGGAAGAAAUGCGUGAUGAGAUGAUAUUUCCCGUCGAAGAUGAGGGCUUUGAAGACCUUGAAGAUGAAGACGAAGAAGUGAAAGAAAUCUUGUCACAAUUUCAGCCAACUAUUACCAAACCGUCUGCGCCUGUAUCCAAGGAAACCUCACAUAAUAAACCUGUUGAAUCGCUUGAACAGAAACUGCCUUCUGUAACCCAACAAAACGCUACUCAAGAUUACCAAGAAAUUGAUAAUGAGCAAUUGCUGGACAUUCGUGGAAAACUAGAUGCACUUAAAUCCUGA